GGGAUGCGCAGCGUCAGGUGGGGGCGGGGGAUGCGCAGGCAGCGUGAGGAGCGGAGCAGCGUCAGUGUUGUUUCUGCUGAGCAUCAGAGAGCAUCUUCAUCAGCAUCUUCAGCAUCCUCCAGCGGCUUGUUUUCAGGCCCAGCUGCAGCAUCCUUCAUCAUGACUAAAGAGGAAAACGUGCAGGAACUGGAGAAGGAGAGGCACGACCACGAGGAGCAGGAGGAGGCGCGCGUUCAGAGGGAGGAGGAUGAGGAGCUGACCGAGGAAGAGGAGGAGGAAUAUGAGCUGGAGGAGGAGAGGGCAGAGGUAGAGAACGAGGAGGAGAACGAGCCGGAGGAGGAGCGGGAGGAGCAGGAGGAGCAGGAGGAAGAGGAGGAGGAGGAGGAUCCCACUGCAGAACCAGCGACCGAGCCGCUCUCUGUUUCUGAGUUUCAGAGUCCGGUUCAGGAAGCGCCCCGCCGGGCCAUGGUGCACCCGUCGGCCCAGGCGCCGCUGCCCAAAGACUACGCGUUCACCUUCUUCGACCCCAACGACCCGGCGUGUCAGGAGAUCCUCACAGAUCCUCGCACCACCAUCCCAGAGCUCUUCGCCAUUGUCCGUCAGUGGGUCCCGCAGGUGCAGCACAAGAUCGACGUCAUUGGAAACGAGAUCCUGAAGCGUGGUUGCCACGUGAACGACCGCGACGGUUUGACCGACAUGACGCUGCUUCACUACAGCUGCAAGGCCGGAGCGCACGGAGUCGGCGACCCGGCGGCGGCGCUGCGCCUCACCAGUCAGCUGAUCUCGCUGGGCGCCGACGUGAGUCUGCGGAGCCGGUGGACCAACAUGAACGCUCUGCACUACGCCGCCUACUUUGACGUCCCAGAACUGAUCCGGGUGCUGCUCAAAGGCACCAAACCCAGAGUGCUGAACUCCACCUGCAGCGACUUCCACUACGGCACGGCUCUGCACAUCGCUGCCUCCAACCUGUGUCUGAGCGCCGUCAAAUGCCUGCUGGAGCACGGAGCCAACCCCUCCGUCAGGAACGAUAAGGGCCAGGUUCCUGCUGAGGUGGUUCCUGACCCCAUGGACAUGAGCCUGGACAAAGCUGAGGCGGCCAUGGUGGCCAAAGACCUGAAGCAGCUGCUUCUGGACGCCGUGCCUCUGAGCUGCAACCUCCCAAAGGCCACCCUGCCCAACUACGACAACAUCCCUGGGAACCUGAUGCUGGCGGCGCUGGGGCUGAAGCUGGGAGAGCGGGUGGUCCUCGAUGACAUGAAGCUGAUGUCCGCUGACCUCAGAGCCAUUGCAGAACCUGUCCUCCGUCCGUCUCAGAGUGGAACCCUGAGGUUCUGUGGAACCACGGAGUUCGCCAGCGGUCAGUGGGUCGGCGUGGAGCUGGACGAGCCGGAGGGGAAGAACGACGGCAGCGUGGGCGGAGUCCGCUACUUCAUCUGUCCUCCUAAACUGGGCAUUUUUGCUCCAGUGUCAAAGAUUUCCAAGGCUGUGGACCAGACUCCGUCCUCCGUCACCUCCACCCCCAGAACUCCCCGCAUGGACCUGGCCUCCCGCCUGGCCGGCAGAACCAAGAAGGAGAAGAAGGAGAAGAAGGAGAAGGAGAAAGCCCAGAGGAAGAAGACGUCUGUGGCCAGUCUGGACCCAGACGGAACCGGCGUGGAGGUGGGAGACCAGGUUCUGGUGGCCGGUCAGAAACUCGGCAUCGUUCGCUUCUACGGCAAGACGGACUUUGCUCCAGGGUUCUGGUUCGGCGUGGAACUGGAUCAGCCCACCGGGAAACACGACGGCUCGGUGUUCGGGGUCCGCUACUUCAACUGUCUGCCCAAAUAUGGAGUGUUUGCUCCGCCCUCCCGUGUCCAGAGGAUCGGCGGACCCAAAGAAGGCUCCCAGAACGACAGCUCCAUGGUGAAGAAGGUCCACCAGGUCUCCAUGUCGCAGCCCAAGAGGAACUUCCACACCAUGCGAUCUCCUAAAGACCUGACCUCUGAGAGCUCCAUAUCCAGGUUGCUGUUCUGCUGCUGGUUCCCAUGGAUGCUUCGCGCUGAGAUGCAGUCCUAACCACGCCCUGCCCACCGUUCCCUCCACCGGACGGACCUCUCGGCUCUACUUUCUCUCCAUCGUUCUGUCUGAACUCCUCGUGGUGACGCUCUCCCAGCCCGAGUCCUCCUAAUUUAGCCGUUCUAUAGCAACAUAUAGUGCCUUGUAUCUGAAACGUCCUGCAUUCCUUCAAUUCACUGAGUCCAGCUCUGAAGGAGCAGAGAGCUCUGAAACCCGUCCUCUCCCUCUGGCGCCCCCUACUGGUCCGGGGUGCUCAGUUCUCCCCUCUGUCUCGUGGUUUUGUUUGGCUGCAGCCGGCUUCAGGUCUGAGUGGGUUGAGUCCAGAAACGUUCUCUGCACCUGCGGAUCUCUUUGAUCCGACACCAGAACCGGUGGGGGUGCGCUCCGGUUGUUUGGUGAGAAAGUCGGACCCGCCGCUGGCUGCUGGCUCCUUGCAGUGAGAUCCAGAAUUUGAUUUCUAAUGAUAUUUGAACACAGUUCGUGCAUCAGUCAGGUGUCUCCUGCUUUAAUAUCUGACGAGGAAACAGGGUUAAUCAUCUCCACAUUUUUACAUCAUGUCAGUCACAACUUUUAGGUUUUAGACAAAUAAUGUCAGCAAAAUCUUCUUCAACAAACCUACAAAGUUUCCGUUAGUUUGCGUGACGGUUUGGCAGCUGAUCAUCAGAAAAUGAUUCCAUGAUCAGUUUCUUAUCAGAUGAAAACUCUUUGAAACUGACGUUAUUUUAGGUCUAGAACUUAUAGAUGGUUGUUUAAUAACCCAAAAUAAUUUCACAAUCCUUAAACUACUUCUGAAAAUAAACGUUAUUUACCGUAAUUAAUCAUUUCGUUUCUAGCUUGUCUCAGUUUAUCAGUUUCCAAAGAUCCGAAAGCUUUCAUGUCCUCGUUUAGGAGAAUCUUUCCAAGGAGUCCAUGAUUUUCCUUCUUCUCUCAUCCCUCCUUCAUUCUUCUUCUUUUCUCAGGCUUCUUCUGCUUUUGAAUAUCUGAGCAUGUGCUGCUAACACAAACAGGAACAGUUAGCCUUCAUGUGAGCUAAUUGUUGGAAACCUCUCUGGUGUGAAGCUGAAAUCAGUGAUCCGCUCCGUGUGGAGACGGUUCCUAUGAUCCAGGUUAAAAACCCAAACCGGGACAAAGCCAGCUCCCCGGCUGAGGUGUCCAUCCAGAAAAUGGAGAAUCCGUCACCUCUGAUCCAUCGGCGUUGCUUUGAACGUUAGAUCAACGUUAGAUCCGUCACCUUUCAUUCCUGCCCAUUUUCAGAUUUAAGGACCUAUUUAUCUAAAACUGGAGCUGCUGUAGAAUAAAACUCUGGAAACCCUGAAAGUGCAGAACUGAUGGAUUAAAGCAAAUAAGCCGAUAAAUAACACAGUUCUCUCUGGAAUGCUUUAUUUUAGUUCUGGUUUGUUCAACACUUCCAUUCUCUUAAUGUCCUUUAAUGACUUAAUGAUAAUACUUAAAAAUCGUAAAAGUGUUUGUUUUAUAAAUAUCUAUCAGUAAUGUUAAAUGAUGUGUGCUUCGUGCUUCUCAGCCUCACUGAGGGCAAACAUUGUGGCUGCUGCUGCACUGCUGUACAGAACUUUUCUGUUUGUGCAAUAAGCUCCAACAGUUGGCUGAUAUAAUCUGCAGCGGUUCUGCUCAUCACAGGAACCUGAUGAGGUUCCAGGCAGACUGGACCUUAUCUGACCCAAUCAGCUUUGGGUCCAUGGAUACAAACGUUCUGUACGUACCUGCAGAGCAGCUGCUUUUCAGCGUUUACACACAAACUGAAUAAACAUUAAUUCAACCAGAACUUUUGCAGAUUUCCCCUGAAACCUUUUUCCUGCAUGAUUAAAACUUAAAGUUGUGACCUUUUUCUGCCUAGAAAAGAAAGUUUACAGCCUGUCUCAGAUCUCAUGAUAUGCAGAUGACUCCCUGCUAUACCUUCCUGCUCUUUUUGGUUCUCUCAGUCAACCCCAGAGCUUAACAACACAAAGUUAAUCCACACAAUGCUAAUUUCUCCUGUUCAUAUUUCACACUCUGUUUUGCCACAGUGCAGCUUUUGUUGCUCGCUGUGUAAAACGCUGAUGGGAUCUGCUAACUUCAUCUCAGCUAAGCGUCACCUUUUGUGGGCCACAGUGAUGGUGGAAGUUUGUCUUUGUACAGUAAACGUAAAGUUACAGUACGGUCAACGUGUCCCAGUGAAGCCACUUCACUGUCAACUUUGUAAACGUGGAGUUUUCCCUGGUUUGGCCGCCAGGUGUCACUAUAAUCUCAAUUUAAUCUAAGAUCUUUGCAUAACUGUUUUUUUUUUUAUUAUUUGUUGCUUAUAACAGGCUCUGCCUCUGGUUCAAACUGGUUCAGUUCUGCAAAUUUAAACUGUAAACUUUGCAUUCCUGCAGUCUAGUUUUAAAAUACUUCUUUGUCCUCUUCAGCAGAAUUAACUUUAUUGAGUCCGUUUAGUUAUAUGGUGUAAUUACAGCAGAGACUGUUAAUGUCCCGUCUCUGAAUCCGUUGCUCGUUCAACGGAUUCAUUUUAACAGCAAACAGGUUCAUUUUUAUCCAGAUAUUAAAAGAAAAUGAUGGUAGUUGAAAAAACACGUAAAAUCUCUGAAAACAUUGAAAACCGAGUCAGCAGGAAAGUAAAGUAUUAAUUAUUCUGUGGUUGCUGGCUAGAACCGUCAGAAUCUCUGGUUCUGUCCUGGAAGUAACCAAGCAGUGGUUGUUUCAUUAUGAACAAGUCUUAAUGAUCUACAGUAUAUAGCCUAUAUUUUGAUAACUUCACUAAGUGUACCUUUUGUUUUUGUAUCUUUUAAAAUGAUUUGACUACUUAUGAGCUCGGGUACAGCCUGUGUGAGUGGGUCGGUCCUGUUUGGUAGAACCUGUCAGUUCCUGAUGCUGAAACAGGAGGAAGACGAGGAAUCCUGACAGAUAAACUCACUGCAUGCUCUCCGUCUGUAACCUUCUCCUCAGUAUUUUCUGAUUGUCGGGUUUUCAGUCUGUGUCUUCUCCUCAUCAGCAUGAAAAUGCUUCAGAUAUUGUUAACUAUCAAUAUAAUAAAGAAUUUGAUGUUUUUGCAUUUU